AAUAUGAUAAUAAAAAGUAAAAAAAUACAAAUAGAAAAAUAGAAUAAAAUAAUGAAAUGAAAUAAAAUAAAAUAAAAUAAAAUAUAAAAUACAAAAAUGGCAGGUGGGCCUUCCUGGAGCCAUGAGACCCUGCCGGGAAGUCUGGCCUCGCUGUUGUUGCCUGGAGCCCUCCAGUCUCUGUGCCCGCUCUGUUCCGCGGCCAUAGCCGGGUGGGAACAUACCUGUCCUCCUUCGCAUGAACUGCGCAUAACCGUCUUGCGUGCAGCCUGGACCUUCCCACCCCGUUGGCCAUGACAUCCCCAUUGCUGGGCACCCCGGCCAGUCCUGCCCCAGCACGACCUGGGCUCCGAAGGACUGGGCUCCCCCAGCCAGCCCCAGUGUCUCCGCCUGCCGCCUUUGUUGUCCCCUCCACCCCUCACCCGGUGCCCCGCGGUGCUGCAGCUGUGCCUGCUGCCAGCAGGAUGCCCCCAGGAUGCACGGACACCCCGCGUCUCCAGCUGUCUGCAUGGGGCUUCCUGAAUUGAUGUGUCUGGCCCUGAAAUCUUGGCUUCUGCAAUGAUAAUGCUCCCUGCACAAAAUGGCUUGCAUUAAUAAGCAACACCCGAGAGUGACUCCAAGGGGCUGUGCCUGGAUGGCACAGGGGCUCUUGUCGGGUGAGACUCACGGGGAGGGGAGGUCUGGCUCGACGGUGCUGGAGGGAGGGCAGUGGGGACAAACCAUUGUUCUUCUCUUCACUCUCUGGGAGCCCAUGUGAGGCCUCCGCCGUCUGUCAUCCGAGCUGCUCCUGACGUCUGAGCACCGACAGACAGACAGACAGACAGACAGCAUGCAGGGGGGAAAAGGAAUAACGUGACCAUGUUUCAAAGGCCCCUUUUGAGCGACACCCUUCACUAAAGUCCCUACCGCACAUUUUUAGAUGCAGCAAGAUAUGUGAUUGAAAAUGGUUUCAGAGUCCAAAUCUAGGGAAUGGCUUCCAGGGCAUUUACUGACUGUGGAAAGCAACGAAGGACCUGACUUCAGUAUUUUAAACACCCUGAGCUGUGGAUGGCAGCUGAGCUCACCCUCUGUCUCCUGUGGGUUAAAUGGUGGCCCCCCCCAAAAGAUACCUCCAUGUCCUAACCCCUGCAACCUCAGGAUGGGAAUGCAUUCGGAAAUAGGUUCUUAUAAGACACAGAAGAGGAGGCACAGACACAGAGGAGAAGCCACGUGAGGACAGAGGCAGAGGUGGGAGGGACGUGGCCACCAGCCCAGGGACGCCUGGAACCCCAGAAGCUGGAAGAGGCAGGAAGGACCCUCCCCUGGAGCCUCAGGAGGGAGCACGACCCUGCCCCGCCUGGAUCUCAGUGGUCCUGCCCCGCCUGGAUCUCAGUGGCCCUGCCCCACCUGAAUCUCAGACUCUGGCCUGCAGACCUGGGACACAGUAAUUCCCUUGGUCUUAGGCCAGUGGAUUUUGUGUUAUUUGUGACAGCAGCCCGAGAAGAUUAAUUAUACCCCCUUGCCUCCUCAUGCAAAGGGUACUAGAGACUCAUGAACACAUGAAAUGCGUAAUCCAUGCGAGUGAUUAGCAAGCAUAUUGGUUUUGGAUGCGUUCCGUAGCUGAUGGUGUAAGGGAGGGAGGUGAGAGAGGCAGGCUGUUCCAGGGCUGUGUGCACAGCAGGGACAGAAGGAGUGAGCAGAAAGCCAGCGAGGACCUUUAAGCUUUGUCAUCCCCUUAAUAGGGCUAAUGGGAUUUUCUAGAGUGAUCCGUGUUUGGCUGAUACUGGGCCUCCAGCAAGGAGCUCUGGCAACAGCACCGAGUGGCUGGCCGCCCCACAACUUGCUAACAGGCCCACACUCCCUGUAGCUGGGACAACCAGGGGCGCUCAAGGCCAGCGUGUCGUAAGGACAAAGAUGAGUUCCUGCGAGGAACAGGCAUACCGUCUGCUGACCGAGUACUCAAAUGGGUUCAUGGUCUCCCAGGUUCUGUUUGCCGCCUGUGAGCUGGGCGUGUUUGACCUUCUCGCCGAGGCCCCAGAGCCCCUGGGUGCGGUGACGGUGGCUGCACAGCUUGGCACCAGCUCCCAUGGGACAGAGCUCCUGCUGGACACCUGUGUGUCCCUGAAGCUGCUUCAGGUGGAAACAAGAAGAGGAAAAGCUUCGUAUCAAAACACAGAGCUCUCCAGCACCUACCUGGUCAGGGCCAGUCCCAAGUGCCAAGGCAACAUGCUGCGGUACCUGGCCAGGACGACGUACCUGUGCUGGGGCCACCUGGCCCAGGCUGUGAGGGACGGCAAGAACCAGUACCAGGAGGCAUUUGGGGUUCCCUCUGACGAGCUCUUCACCGCCAUCUACAGAUCCGAGGGCGAGCGGCGGCUCUUCAUGCGCGCUCUGCAAGACGUCUGGAGCGUCAGCGGGAGGCGCGUGCUGGCGGCCUUUGACCUGUCCCCGUUCCCGGUCAUCUGUGACGUCGGUGGCUGUUCUGGGGCUCUGGCCAAGGAGUGCACCUCUCUGUACCCUGGGUGUUGGGUCACCGUGUUCGACAUCCCUGAGGUGGUGCAGACGGUGAAGACCCACUUCUCAUUCUCGGAGGAAGGGCGGAUCAGCUUCUGUGAAGGAGAUUUCUUUAAAGACCCGCUUCCGGAGGCCGAUCUGUACAUCCUGGCGAGGGUCCUGCACGACUGGACCGAUGCGCGGUGCUCACACCUGCUGGCAAGGAUCCAUCGUGCCUGCAAGCCAGGCGGUGGUGUCCUGGUGAUUGAAAGCCUCCUGGAUGCAGAUGGGCGGGGCCCUCUGACCACGCAGCUGUACUCGCUGAACAUGCUGGUGCAGACCGAGGGCCGGGAGAGGACCCCUGCCCAGUACCUCGGACUCCUGGCUGCUGCUGGCUUCCAGGAUUUCCAGUGCAGGAGAACCGGGGGCAUUUACGAUGCCAUCCUAGCCAGGAGGUAGCUCCCCGGGGGUCUGCAGCAACCAGCUCAACCAAACACCCUCACAAAUGGGUGGUCUCUGUUAGCUUCCUCAUUUCUGGGGGUUGACAAGGGAGUGGGGGUCUCUGCUGGCUGCUGCAAACUGCCCAUCACUGUGUGCAUUUUGUCCUGCUCUGUUUUUUCUGGUCUAUGUCAUUCUAUUGUAUUCUGUUGUAUUCUGUUGUAUUCUGUUGUAUUGUAUUGUAUUGUAUUCUAUUCUAUUCUAUUUUCUUUUCUU